AUGAGUAGCCAAGAUGACGAAGGAACCGGAAGCGGCCUCCGGGUGGUGGCCAUGGUGCCGUAUCCCCCUGAAUCUUCUCCAGAAACACCACAAUCCACCAUGGAAGAUGUACCAUUAGAUGAUGUACCAUUAGAUGAUGAUGCUUCACCAGAGAGUCCUUCCUCCGACGAUCAGGAGGAUGAUCUUUCCACUAGACCUGUCCAUGAAGAUACGACUGUCACUCCGUCGCCUCCACUCCUGGAGAAGAGUCUGGACUGUGGAGAUACCGAGUUGGCAACACCCUCUCUUCGAAUUGUGGGCAUGACGACCUCCACACGCAAAAAGGUGGUCUGUCCUCCUUGGACUCAUGUGACGGAAGGUAUUCUCCACAAGGCCAUUCGUCGAUCCGUCGUAGCACUGGGUUCCUUGGCGGCCCGGAAUCCCAAACGAUGCAUUGUCUCACUCACCAUACUGGGCUUUUCCAUUUGCAUCCUGGGCUUUCUCACCAACUUUCGCAUCGAGUUGGAUCAGAAUGCCUUUCUGACGCCACAAGGCAGUUUACCCGAUUUGCACAGCGAUUGGAUCAACAACACUCCCGAAAGUGGAUUUGAAACCCUCCGAAUCUUUUGGAUGGCCAUACACAGCGAUAGCCACAAUGUCGUCACUGCCAAGGCCAUGCGACGCGCGUUCAUAUCGAUGGAUGCCAUUCUGACGGCACCCAGUUAUCGUGCGGUUUGCUCGCAAAGUCAACAAUUUCGAGACUUGAAAACCGAUCAACCCACCUGUCGUAUCUCGAGUCCGACACAAUUCUGGGAACACAAGUACGCUCGAUUUCACAAUCAGUUGACGUAUGUGCCCGAACAAGAACAAGAUGAGUAUGUCCGCGAGUACAUUUCCAACACCAAUUAUCCGGAUGGCACUCCGGUGUUUCAUGAAGCCAUCCUGGGAAACUACAACUUCAAAUCUGUUACAAGAGAGGAGGAUGGCGGCGUAGUUCAACGUCUCGUCGUUUCCGAUGCAGAGAGUCUCGUGUUCAAGAUUGAUAUACCCGAUCUAGGUCCUGCCACGGACCAGUUGGAACAGCAGAUUCUCGAACGAUUGCUCAAACUCAAGGAACUCUGGUUGGAAGAGGAUGCAGCCGUGAUAGAAUCCUUCGAAGCAUCGGCGGAGGUUAGCUUUCCACCCGUCGCUCGUCUCGAGUUUUUUACCCUCAAUGCAUACGAGCAGGAGUUCCAGAGAGCCAUCGACCAAGAUAUGCCAUUGGUACUCUUGUUGAUUGCCGUCAUGGUGUCCUUUACGUGUGCCGUCUUUUACAGACGAAAGGACAUGGUCCAGAGUCGAGGGUUGUUGGGGCUCUUCAGUUUCGGGACCAUUGGACUCAGUUUGAUCACGGGCUAUGGGCUCAUGUUUCUGUUCGGGGUGCCAUUGACAUCUGCCGGAUCCAUGAUUCCGUUUGUGGUGGUCGGCGUCGGUCUGGAUGACACGUUCAUCAUCACGGGAGCCUAUUUUCGCCGACGGCGUGAAGCGGCAGAAGAAGCCAUGCAAUCUACACAAGAGAGGGAUCCAGAGGCGGAGACGAUCCGAAUCAUUGAGGAAACACUAGAUGAAGUUGGAUUGUCGAUUUCCAUGACUACAAUUACAACUUUACUCUGCUUUCUGGUGGGUACUGUCACCACCAUUCCAGUGGUACGAUGGUUGUGCUUAUAUGCUGCCACUACCAUUGGAGUGGACUUUCUGUACCAGAUCACCUUCUUCAUUGCAUGGCUCACUCUGGACGAACGACGAGUACAAGCAAAUCGCAAGGACUUUUGUUUCUGGGUCAUUGUCGAGGACGACGACGAAGCGGAGGACGCUGCCAGCUUGAUCAACUACCCAGACAAUUAUCGAGGAUCCGAAUGUCAUGCCAUUGAUGAAAAUGGAGAAGACCGGGAGAACCACGAGACGAGUCUUUCCAAGGCAGAAUCAGAUCGCGGCUCGCGGACAAAAAGUCCUAUUGGGCCAGAUUCGGAGUCAGCCAAGUCCGGCCAGUAUGAGGUCAAGCUAGAUGCAAAAUACGAUCGCAACGCCUACUCCCCAGACAGCAAUUCGAUUGCUAAGGACUUGGAGGCGAGCAAACCCGUCAAAAAGUCAGAUUCGACGGAGCAGACCUCUUUAGCGGCGUCGUGUUCCCAAGCGCCAGCUGAACGCAAACAGCUGGAUCGCAACUUCAUGGAACGCUUAAUGAGCUGGUAUGCAGAUCAACUCUUGAAGCCAUACGUGAAAGCCAUUGUGAUUGUGGCGUUUGCAGUUUACUUUGCUGGCUGUGUCUACUCGACAACCCAACUCUAUCAAGAGUUCAAUGUGGGGGAAUAUGUACCAAAAGAUAGUUUCCUGACGUCGUUCAUGGAAUCCUUCUCACAAUACACAAGCAUCCAGCGGUUUAUUGGAGUUUACUUCCGAAACGUGGAUCAGUCGGAUCCUUACAUCCAACAACAAAUGCUUCAGUACGUGGAUGACUUGGCUUCGCUACCCGAAAUUGGAGAGCCUCCCGCUUUCUUCUGGCUUCGCGACUUCCCAGAUCUAGCUGCGAGUGAUGAAGCCCGGGAGUUUGGACUGAGCGAGAGCAUUGCUGAUCUCAGCUUCAAUACCCAAAUCGACUUGGCGCUUCAAAUACCCCAAGUUCGUCAGGUGUAUGCCCAAGACAUUGCUCGAGACGAGAGUGGCAACAUCACAGCAUCGCGUACUUUCUUGUACUUGCGCAAAAUUGACUUGCACGAUGUGAAGGAACAGAUGGAAAUGUUGAAUACACUGAGAGACAUCACUUUGUCACAGCCCAUAAACCAGGGCGGCGGCGACCUGUCUUUCUUUUCUUUUGACGACUUGUACUUCUUCUGGGAGUUGUACGACAUCACUGUUGAAGAACUGAUCUUCACCACAGUCUCAUGCGUAGUCAUUGUCAGCGUGGUAGGCUUUGUCCUCAUUCCGCAUUGGUCUGCGGUGCUCUUUGUCACCCCGUUGAUCAUAAUGCUUUAUUUCGACCUUUUGGGUACAAUGCAGUACUGUGGAAUCAAGAUCAAUAGCAUCACCUACUUUAUCAUUGUCAUGGCCAUUGGUUUGUUGGUGGAUUUCCUGAUGCAUAUGCUUCUUAGAUAUUACGAGACCAGAGGCACAACAAGGCACGCUAGAGUGAAAGAAAUGCUGGAGACAAUGGGGUCUUCCAUCUUGUUGGGCGGUUUCACCACUUUGUUGGGAACUAUGCCAUUGGUGUUCUCCUCUACCAAAGUUUUUAUGACUGUUUUCAUUUCGUUCGUGGCCAUGGUAUCCCUGGGGUGUGCCGUGGGAGUGGUACUCUUGCCAGUGUUGCUAUCUCUCGUGGGUCCUGUUGACCAUGCUUUGACUUUCGUGCCGGCAACACCGCACACGACACUGACGUCCUCCCCAAGAACAGGAUCUGACCUAUCGUCGCCCGCAAAUGCCGAUUGCCUCUCCAAAUACGAUGACCAGCCGGCGACGUCUCCAAGACCAGCAUUGGAAGCGUCUCCUGUGAAUACCGGAGAAUCGCUAUCGAGCUACUACCAAAGUGAGCAGCCAACGUCUCCAACAACAGCAUCGGAAACAUCGACCCCUGCUCAGUGCGAAGAAUCACCGAUGCAUUGUCAAGAACCUGAGUCUUCUUCAAAUUCAGCGUUGGAAACUUCUUCUCCUGUGCGUUUGAUCGAGUCUCCUGCUAGUGCAAGUGGCGCGGAGACGUCUCCUGUCGCCACCAAUACGCACGCAGCAGCAAGACAGUAUGAAUCAAGGAACGACAUUCCCGCCUUACUAUCGCCGUAUCAGAACGAGCAGAUUCGAAGGAUCCAAGAUCAGCUACGAACGACUCUAACUUCUCCAAGUUCUCUUUUGUCCGAAGCAGCCACGACAAGCGACGAAGAACGGACGGUACUCUCUAGGAGCUCGUCUAUGCUUUGCUGCGGAGAAUACGCCAUCGACUCUGUCGGGGACGAGCAAACUGUGAAAGUGACAAGCUUGGAAAGGCAGACUAUGUGA